UUGUCUAAUUUCAUCACUAUCUCACACUCUCUUAUUCUUCUUAUUGUUCCAUUCUUGUCGACAAUGCAUCGAAGACUCUUCAUCGUCACUUCGACCAUUGUUUCCUUCCUUGUCAUCUCAUCUUUCGCCCAACUUCCUCAAUUCGAGCAACCGAUAAAACCCGAUGCUUCAUUGAGUCUCUUGGCCAUUGGAGAUUGGGGAAGGAAAGGAACUUUCAAUCAGUCUUUGGUUGCAAAACAGAUGGGGAGGAUUGGAGAGGAGUUAGGCAUUGAUUUUGUGAUCUCUGUUGGUGAUAAUUUCUAUGAUGCUGGAUUGAUUGAUGUUUAUGAUAAGUCAUUUGAGGAGUCCUUUACAAACAUUUACACUGCUAAGAGUUUGCAGAAACAGUGGUAUGCCGUUUUGGGAAAUCAUGACUAUAGAGGCAAUGCUGUUGCGCAAUUAGAUCCAAUUCUUCGAGACAUCGAUAAGCGAUGGCUUUGUUUGAGGUCUUUCAUGGUUAAUACAGAUAUUGCGCAGUUUUUCUUCAUAGACACUACACCAUUUGUCAAGAAGUAUUGGAAGCAUCCAAAGAAGAAUCACUAUGAUUGGAGGGGAGUAGCUCCUCGAAAAAAAUACAUUUCGAAAGUUUUGAAGGAUUUGGAGAUUGCAUUGAGUGAAUCGACAUCGAUAUGGAAGGUCGUUGUCGGGCACCAUACGAUAAGAAGUGUUAGCGAGCACGGGGAUACAGAUGAGCUUGUCGACAUGCUUCUCCCAAUGCUUGAGGCAAGCAAUUUCGGAGUCGAUCUAUACAUGAACGGGCACGACCAUUGCCUCGAGCACAUUAGUAGUGAUGACAGUCCAAUUCAAUUUUUAACGACGGGAGGCGGCUCGAAAGCUUGGAGGGGUAUCUUUAAUCCAAAUAAGGUAGACACACUGCGGCUAUUCUAUGACGGGCAGGGAUUUAUUUCACUGCAACUGACCAAAACCGACGCGAAGGUUGUGUACUACGAUGUUGAUGGUAAUGUAAUUCAUACAUGGAGCAGAACCAAAGAUUGCUGCCACCCUUACAUUUAGGACCCAGAAAAAGAACAGAACUGAUUGUAAAAGUUUUGGCAUCAUUGAGAUUUCAGUAAAAUUGAAGAUCACCGGUAACUUUUGAAUAUGCUAUUCAAUCUUCCGGCUCAUAGCAUCGAUAGAAUUAUUUUCCGGAUAUG